AAGCCUUUCUUGUCAUAAAGGUUACAACAGAGUGAGUGAAAUAUGCGAGAAGCUGGGCCGCUACCACUGCGGAUCUGCAAGCGCAAGAAUCGCUCUCAACAUGGCCAAACAUCCCGAAGGCACUAUGCUUUGCAUCAUCUCAUUGGCAAAGGACCCGAAGCCGCAUCCCUUAUGUCAUACGUAUCUGACCCAUGGUCUACCAUAAAGGUCAAACAUUCCGGCUUGCCAAACAGUGCCUACCUGAGUAUAUAUUUAUCCCUCAUCCCGAAGCAGAAAUCGAUCCCGACCUCCUGCCAUCCCCAGAAUUGGCAAAUUGUCAGAAUAUGGGAAAGGCAAAAGAUGGUCCGUAUCGGCAUGCAUGCCACGAGUGCAAGAGUCGCCACCUGAAAUGCGAUGGGCUACGACCCUCUUGCACGAAAUGCUUGUCGGCUGCUAGGCGGUGUGAUCGUGCGGGCUCUAAGCAAUACAUUUUCCGCCAUGACCAUAAUCCAAGUAUUGCCACGAGUAAGAAGAAAGGGAAACGAAAGCGGAAGAGCCAGCUGCAGUGGAGCGAAGACCAGGACUGGGCAGAAGUGCAACCGAAUCUCAAGUUCAUAGACAAAAGUCAUGAUCUUGACUUUUUGGAAGGAUCCGAGAGUGACAACGAAGAUGAAAAUUACUCACCAUACAUUCCAGAUUGGCCAGUCACUGCGCUCGAAGGUUCGGAAUCUUUGUAUACAGAUGUAGUGACCCAGCACGAUCCCGUCAUGCGAGCCCAGGAAAAGUUUGGGACUCAAUUGCAAAGACCUCCUAUGUCAAUUAGCGAACUAGUCGCCAAUCAUGACGAAGAGAGAAGUCCAGAAUCAACCUAUAACCGACUUCCAUUCGGACCUCAAACACGGAGUCAGGAGAGCUCGUCCCCGCUACCAUGGACGCACUCGCCGAAGAGCUAUCUCUUUAUCCCUCCAUCGUUGGAAAGUUCGGAAUGUCUAUGGCCAUUGCAGACUCAAGACGAAGUAACAAUCCUGCAACACUUUAUGAGUGAUUUAUGUCCAUGGUUCGAUUAUUGUGAUAGAGACAGACAUUUCCAAAAUCUAGUCAUUCCAGCGUGUGCUACGGACCGAACGUUAUUUAACGCAGUACUCGCCGUCUCCGCCAGACAUCUUAGUCGUCAAGGCAAAGUAGAUCCGUACCUAGCAGACAGAUAUCAGCAGAAGUGUCUAGAAAAGCUCAUUCCAGAGUUCAAUGACCAAGACACGAUCCCGAACGAUCUAUUGUUCGCUGGGACUAUAGUUCUACGAGUGUUAGAUGAAAUGACAGAGGAUGAUCCCGCGAUCCGAUUUCAGGGGCACGGUCUUUCGACACAAAGCUUGAUACGUGGUCGGGAAGACUCACUCCAUGAAUCAUCUCUUCGCAUCAACUGUCUGCGCAUCGAACUACGGCAAGAAGUAAUCAUAUCAUUCAUGACCAGAAAACCAAUCGCAACAAUCGCCCAAUUCUGUGAUAUCGACCCUAGCCUUGAGCCAGCCGAUGACUGGACCUGGACAUACAGAAUCAUUGCAUGUCUUGCGGACUGCUUGAACUUAUGUUAUGGAGAGAAACGUGCAGAUGCUGUGGAGGAGUAUGGAAGACUGUCUGAAUAUGUUGCUGGUUGGGCAAGGCAGUAUCCUCCUACAUUCAGGCCGAUCGGAUCUUCAAAGUCAAAAAACGGAAGAACCGACACCCUCCCACAAAUCUGGUUUCUUAACGAUUGUCAUGUGGCGGCACACCAUUACUUCGGACUUUGCAGGAUUCUCCUUUUGACCCAUGACCCGACUAUCCCAUCCAUCGGCGUCGAUAGGAAAGUGAGAACUGAGUUCGUUGAUGAACAAAUUAGAGAGCAAGUUCGAUUACUCUGCGGUAUCGCUAUUUCCAAUCGCCAGCACGUUUGUGCGAUGCACACUGCUGGCGCUGCAAUCGCCAUGUGCGGAGAGCGCUUCACAGACCCUACUGAACAGCAAGUUUUACUGGAUAUAUUGAUUGAAGCACAAGCACAUGUCGCUUGGCCCUCGCUCAGAUUUGAAGAUAUUUUGAGGGGCGUUUGGGGGUUAUGAAGGCUUUGAUUCUCAGAAGAACAAUUCGAUACGAACUGCUAUGACAACCCGUCGUGUUUCU